UUUCCUAAAUAAUAAUGUUUUACAUUUUUGCAAUUUUUUUCUUUUUCUUAUUAACCAAGCUGACUUUUGCAACUUAACUGAAGCAGCAGAAGUAGUAUUCAUAAAAAAUAAAUCUCUCUAAAGUAUCUAAAACCAGAGUUUGGGUCCUGUCUUGUUUGUUAUGCUUUCAGGUGGAAUCCAGUGUGCAUGCCAUGGGAAAAACAGAGAGACUGUAGGAGGAACACAGUCUGUUUAAUGUUUAAUUUUUUCUGACUCAGACAACUUUGCCCCAGCCUAAAAGAAAAUAGAACAUGAACAAGUCACGUAACCACUUGCAGUUGUUUUUUGUCUGUUGUUUUUCUUGUGUUAAUGAAUGUGAAAAUGGAAAAAAAAAGAUGAAGUGUGUGCUUAUAUUACUCCUCUGUUGUCAUGCUGCAUCUCCAGUAAAACACUCCCUGAAGUUUUUCUCCACUGUAACCUCUGGAGUCCAGAGUAUCCCAGAGUUUGUGGCUGGUGCACUUGUUGAUGAAGUUCAGAUAGGUGACUUCAACAGUGAAAGAGGAGCAGAGCUAAAGAAAGACUGGAUUAAAUUCUUUGAGGAUCAUCCGCAGCACCUGGAGUGGUAUAGUUUGCAAUCUCUGGACAGUCAUCACUUCUUUAAGGCUACCAUUGAGACUUUGAGGCAACUUUUGAACCAAACUGAAGGUGUUCAUAUCAUGCAGAGGAUGAAUGGCUGUGAGUGGAAUGAUGAGACUGGUGAGAUUAAUGGGUUCAAUCUGUACAGUUAUGAUGGAGAAGAUUUUCUAGCAUUGGACCUGCAGACACUGACAUGGAUCACUCCAAAACCACAGGCUGUCCUCACCAAACUGAGAUGGGAUGCUCAAAAAGAUCGAUUAAAAUUAAACAAAAACUUUUUAGGUCAUCGGUGCCCUGAGUUUUUAAAGGAGUAUUUGCAGUAUGGCAGGAGCUUUCUGCAGACAGCAGUUCUUCCCUCAGUGUCUCUCCUCCAGAAGACUCCCUCCUCUGCCAUCAGCUGCCACGCUACAGGUUUCUAUCCUGACAGAGGUUUGAUGUUCUGGAGAAAAGAUGGAGAGGAGCUUCAUGAAGGUGUGGAUCCCGGAGAGAUCCUCCCCAACAAUGAUGGGACCUUCCAGUUGAGUGUUGAUUUGAAACUUUCAUCAGUCACACCUGAAGACUGGCAGAGGUACGAUUGUGUGUUUCAGUUCUCUGGUGUAAACGAGGACAUCAUCACAAAACUGGACAAAACAGCGAUCAGGACCAACUGGGAAAAGCCCACUGACAUGGGAACCUUCAUCGGUGCUGCAGUGAUUGUUCUAGCUUUCACCAUCAUCACAGCUGUGACAUUCUUGACCUACAUAAAUAAAAAAUCUCCUGACGAUGGCUCUGAGCAGUCUGAGAGAGUAGAUCCACAACGCUGACUGUCCUAAGAAGUUCUUCACUCCGCUCUCUGUAUGACUUUCCUCCAGCUGCUGCUGUCACCUCAGUGUUUCAAAUACAUAUGUUAAAAACACCAGUGAAUAAAUUAGGCACAGGUAAUGAUCACAUUCUGCUGCACUUGUUGUAAAUUAGUGCAUGGUCAGACAUCUGUAUGCAGCUCCUGUGUGUACAUUUCAUGCAUUUGUGAUUUUAUUUUGCUUCAGUAUGUAGUCAUGGUAUCGAUGCAGCGGUAUCACAAGUCUUCUACAAAGCAAAACUAACUUUAUUGAUGGAUAUGUAUCUGAUGAUGACCGUUUGUUAGAACUGAAGUGUGUGAUUUUAUUGAGAAAUUGGAAAUGUACAAAUCAUGUGGUAUUUUCCAAAUGGCACCAAAAUAUCUGAAGGAUGACAGCAACAGACUCUCAUUUGGAAAUAAAAUUUUGUCAUUUUAUUAUUUCAUUAUAUAGUUCUAUGAAAAUGACUAGCCCUUAUUUUGCUGGAUUUGAUUUGUGAAGUCACAUGAUCUUGAUCUUUGACCACCCCUGGGCUAUGUCCUAAGAUCAAAAACAUACAGUUACAACAGAAAUAGGAAAAAACAAAACAGAAAUACGAAAAAACAG